AUGUCUUCCUAUGAAGACUUUUUUGGUGUGCGCAAGUGCCGAACCUACAAAAUUGGUGUUGAGGAAUAUGCAAGGCUUGGAGAGUUCAUCACCCACAUUUUUUUUGAGAAGUGCGCGUGGGUUGAUGGAAUCUUCAAGUUGAAGUGUUCCGCAGAAUUGAUCGAAAGUUUGGACCCAAUAGGCAAAGGCCUCAUCACUUGGGCUGCAGAUGGAGAAGACAACACCUUGUUGUCAAGACUUUGGAAUAAACCCAUAGGAAGGGUUUUUGACCAGGAAAUGGAGAAGGUGCAUGGGCGUGGCAUAUAUGCCAGUGUCAUCAAGCCAUGCACCCAACCCAUCAAGACUGCCCAGGCAUUUUUUGACCUGGCAAGGAUAGAAGGAGUCAUGCAUCCACAUUCUGUUAUUGGUGGUGGAGCAUGUCUUCUUAAACAUCCACCAAAAAUGGAUCCGAAGGUGGAAUGCACAAAGGCAGUUGGCCAGAGAAGUCCAACAGUGAAAUAUGUCACAGAAAUGACAGUUUCAGAACUUGAUCCUGUCAGGCUGGAAAGAAUAAUACAGGAGAAGGGCAGGCCAAAAGAUGGGACGUUUUGUGCAGCUCUGACUGAUUUACCAGGAUCAAUUCCUGGAAACCUCAGUACAAGUUUUGAUCCCAUGUUGUCCAUUGAGGGAGUCAACUCUCCUUUCUUCUUCAUUGGCACCCGUAACUCUUUGUUCCCCAUGCACUGUCAGGAUAUGGACCUCUUCUCAGUGAACCUGCACUGGGGUGGAUAUCCAAAGAUUUGGUACAGCAUGGGUGCACGUGAGGUUCCUGAAUACAAAAACAUUGUGGAGUGUGCGAUUGGGAAAGACUUUCCUGAAUGCAGAAACUUCCCAAGGCAUAAUAUUUAUGCCUUUGAUGAAGUCUGGUUGGACCAUUACUGCCUCAAUGCGUGUGUGGCAGUUCAACAUCCGUACAAGUUCAUCAUCACAACACCAAGAGGACCACAUGCUGGAUUCAACACUGGCCUCAAUCUGAAUGUGGCCAUUAACUUUUCUAUUGCACUGUGGGUGGACUAUGGUCUGCGGGUGAAGUUCUGCAGUUGUGAGGGAGCACAAGAAAACAACGUGAGGUUUCCAUUGGAACCCGUUGUGAGGCACUACUGCACUCCAGCCACCUACAAAGAAUGGUUGCAUCAAGGACUUCAGAAGUUUCCAGCAAACCAACUGGACCUGUCAGCAACCAAAAUUCCACAACAAGUCCCACCUCCAACUCUUUCUCAGUUGAAGUUGACAAGGAUACCACAAACGGAUGCAGAAUGGGAUUAUGAAACAAGAGGAGAUAAAGUGCAGAAGAAGCUCCUCAAACUCCUUCAGAAUAGGAUUGAUUUCUUGGAGGGAAAAGUUGAGGAUUACCUCAGACUUGGUGCAAGAUUUGUCAAGAAGCAUCACAUCUCUCUUGUGAUUGACGAGGUUCACAAGAGGCAACGUUCAAGUGGCACCUCAUCUGACGUUCAACCCGAAGUUCUUGAAGAAGAAGAAGAAAGUGAUAAUGUGAAGGAAUUGGAAGCUUCAAAAUUUUUGUUACUUCAAGAUGAUUUGGAAAGGAAAACAAAGAGUAAAGAAUUGAAAAGUAGUGUAAAGAGGAAAGAGAAAGGGGAAAUGAACGUGCCCGUGUCUGAAGCCUUUGAUGUGAUUCUGGAUGCAGCAAAGGAUCUCCUCAAUGACUGCUUCAAACAAGCAAUCGAAAUGCCAUCACGUUUUCAAAAGCUGCAGGAAUUCGUCAUGAGCAACAUGGAAAAAUACUCAAUCAAGGAACUAACGGAAAUUCCGGCAUUCAAGAAGGAAGAAGUUCAAAGUGUGGUAGGACGGCAGGAAAUCGGACCCUCACCUGUUCCCUCAUCUUGGAGCCCCCGCUCGUCAAACCCGAACACACCAGAAACACCAGCAACACCAAUGGAAAUAAUAGGACAUUCAAACGUUGGAGAUGAAGAAAGCGAGGAUGAAGUAGAUCUUGUUGAGCUGCAACGUGUUGAGCCUCAGAAAAUGGAUGUGGAAGUCUCAGGAGUAACAUCGGAGCAAGAACAACAAGAACAUGAUGCACUAAUUCAAGGCAAGUACUAUUAUUCGGACAGUGAAGGUGCAUCAGAAGAACAUUCUGAGGCAACUGAAGAAAGCCUUGCUUCAACUUCCAGCACAACCAGCCAAGAUUCAAUUGCUGGGACUUCUUCUGGUGAUAACACCAAAGAAGGCGCUGAUUUCGGAUACGAACUGCUAAAACCAAUGGCUAAGCUUGCCUUGGUUGACGAAACUCGGUUCUUGUCCCAGAAGAUCGUCCCCUUCCUUGUGUCUUUGGAAAGUCAGAACGUGAACUUGUCUUCUGAUCAACGAACGGCAUUGGAGGACAUCAAGAACACACUGAAUGCACACACCCUGGCACCACCCUAUGAUGCCAGUGUGUUCAAGAUGAUGCCAGACAUGGAAAAGAAGCUUGGCAUUUCUACGGAUGAGCUGAAAGAUGGCAUGGAUAAAGCAUGUGCCAUGUACCAACAAGUCUUUGAGGCCCACUUUGGGGAGACUGUGGACCUGUACACGGAUCUAAUGAAAGCUGAUGUUUAUUACAAACAAGAAGAGUGGGACUCAAUGCCAGUGGAAUUGGGACCACUCCCGCAUCGUGUAACACCCUGUGCCAGCCGACAGGCACAUGAAGACUUCGUCAACAGGAAGAUUUCGUCAGUGUUUUGCCGCAUGAAGGACUUGGACAAGCUGGAGGAGAUAAGUCGGGCUGAAACUAUCAUGAACACCGAAGUUCAUGUAGUUUAUGUGCACAAUGGUUUGUCUAUUCGGCUGGACGACCAUUACCUGUUCCUGGAAACUACCCGGAAACUUCUGUCCUCACCUUCACCAUGGGGAAAAUCUGAACAGGAAGGAAAUGAGGUUAAGCAAGACUUCCACGACAUUUGCAGAAGAAUGUUCUGGCCGGCAUUCUCCUUCAAAACCAUCGUGAGUCCGGUCAGAAGAAACCUUGUUGGUGGGAGUCAUGCAAGAUCGGAAUUCCAUACGAAAAGGGUGGAAGCAAUGAUGAAGUACAUUGAAGCUGUGUGGGAAUUCGCAAGGAGGAGACUCAUGAAUGAGCAGUCUUCAAGAAGUUCCAAGAAACCACCACAAAGAUUUGAAGAUGGACGAGGACCAAUGCUCGCGUACUUCAAAGAUCGGCUUCGUGAUAUAACGAAAGGGGAUAUAAGUGGACCUGCAAGUGGACUUGAAGAACAAUGUCACAGUGGACUUUCAGAAAGCAUGGAAAUUCCGACAGCUGAAUACGAUGACGUGUGCGGAACUCCUAUUGACAGACAUGGCAGUCUUCCAAAUUUUCAACAACACGCAUGCGAGGAUGAAGUUACUAACUUUGGAGGUAGUGACUACGAUGCAGAUGUUGAAUUGGACAAUGUUAAUGCAUCCUUAAGUGAGCCAUCAAGUGAUGAUGACGUCACUGCUUUGGAAGUGGAGAACCCUGGAAUAAUGGAAGAAGCUAUUGAAGAAGCUGGGAAAUGUAUAACUGUUGAAAAGAAGUACAUGACUGAAACAUCAACAUUUGCUGUUGAUGAAGCAGCACGUGCUGGUUCGGAUCACAAAGUUGCAUAUUUUGGAAUUCGAAAUGCCAUUCUUGGCAAAUCUUGUGGAAUCCUAGAUUGGAAUGGACAUGUUAGAAAUUUACGGUUGAUAGCUGAUACACACCCUACGUCAUUAUCUGAUGAUUUCAUGGAAACACUGCUGCAGCAGAGGAACAGGGAAAGUGUUAUCAAGAAUACAACAUCAGUGCCAAUAAGUGAAGAACAGGUGUCUGUGCGUGGCUCAUGCCCAACAUUCAUCAUAGACAUCUUCAUAGAUGCAUGCCAGAUCUUCAACAACUCAAGUGCUGCAAGUGCUACACCCAUAUUAGGUCGCUUAAUAUGUGCUGAUGGCCAUUUCAUCCCAUCAAGAAAAUGUAAGCCAUUUGUGAUAGCUGUUUUUCAUGGAGAGGGAAAACCCAACCGCGACGCAUUCAUGUUUGACCUCAUCAAUGAAUUGAAUGAGCUUCACCCAACGGUGCACAAGAUUGGUAAAGACAUGCACGUGGUUGUUCGUGCAUUAAUUUGCGAUGCUGUUGGUCGUUUCUGGUUGAAAGGAACAACGUCUAAUGCUGGCUACUUCUGCUGCGAGCGAUGUAUUCUGAAAGGGGAGUACAAAGUGGAUCCUAGGAACAAUGCAAUCAUCCCUGGUUCCCUUCGCUUCAUUUGCAAGGGGGAUGAAUGUGAAAGAAGACCUGAGAAAUGGCAGGAUUACCGCCAGAUUCCAGAAUGUAUUGACAGGAAUCCGAAAACUGGGAAAGUUGAGGAAAGAUUUCAUCGCAGAACAGACACCCCAUUGGACAAAAUAAUAGAUUUCAGUCCAAUAAGCAACAUGCCCUUGGAGGAAAUGCAUCUGUGUGAUGGUGGGGCUAUCCCCACAACACUGCGCCUCCUCUUCAACAUCAAGCAAAAGAAGGAGAAGAAGUUUGGAUCACGAAGCGGCAAGCAUGUUGUUCAGCAAAUAGUCCGUCGCUUACUAGCCCUCAAAAUGUACCGACUGCCAGUGAAGUCUAAUGGUUGGGAACUGGAUGAAGAUGAUGUAUCUUACCAAGAUGAGCUACAGAGAGUACUGGCAAACGGUGGUAACCAAGACUUACCUCCGUUCACUGUUUUACGCUACGAUUCUGCAAAACAAGUUGUUUAUUGUGAAUCAUUCACAGUUUCCCUGAAGUGA